UAGUAGACGCGAUAACCUAAUCGAUUCCUGCGAAUUGAAUUUACACCGAAUCCCUUGAGAAUCAGCCUCCAUAUAGGCAUCGAGAAUCUAAGUUUAUCGGCGCAAAAUCGAAUGAGAGUUAUGGACGUAGUGGUGUGACAUAUCGUGAAAAUGUACGAGUGAAGUGGAAUUGAAGUUGGGAAUUUUAGUUUUAUUUACUGGUUUUUUCGACAUUCUACUCUUCUCUGCUCUUACGGGGUCGGCGCGCGAUGUAUGCCAAAUACAUAUAUACCUUAUUUAUAUUCUGGACAACUUUCAAAGUCGGUCAUUCAGAAAAAUGUGACCAAACUCCGAGGAACUCCAGAGUGGGGCCGAGUGAAAACAACAACUUAUUUUCACUAACUAUUGAAACUGAAAAACAUUACCUGGAGUACUUGCCGGAUCAGACCUAUGUCGUGACCCUAAAGUCCCACAACAACACGCGCCCUUUCCGAUGGUUCAUGAUAACCGCUGAGGACCCUAACGUGGACAGCAAUCCUUACGAGAUUGCCCCCAACCCGGUCGAUGUCGGAAGCCUCAAGAUUCUGGACACUGGACUUGGAAGGAAGUCCAGAUACAGCGAGAAAUGCUCUGUCUCUGUGGAGAACACGGAUAAUUCUAAUAAGUAUAAAAUUGAGAUCCACUGGAUAUCCCCAAAACCGAGCGACAUCAAUCAAGAGGUCCGCCUGCGAGCCAUGGUGGCGGAGAACGAAGAAGUCUGGUACUCCGGAGAAGGAGACGGGAACCUCACAGUCCUCAUAAAGAAGGAUAGCAGCCGAGCUAUAGACAGCCCUCCCACAGAACCUAAUCCGACUUGCAAUUUGUGCAGCGAAGCAAGAUAUGAAGUAAUCUUCGAAGGUAAAUGGUCCAGACUGAAGCAUCCUUAUCACUACCCAAGUAAACCAGAUGAGAAUGGCUACAGUCACAUGGUGGGUGCAUCCCAUGACUUCGACUAUACUUUAUGGAAGGCUGGACAUCAGGCUUCCCUUGGAAUGCAGAAAUUGGCUGAAGAAGGGGAUAUUUCUGUUUUGGAGAGGUCUAUUAUUGAUUCGAUGAAUGAGAGAUAUGGCACCAGAACCUUGAUCAGAGGAAAGAGACGCCAUCAUCCAUACAUGUCGGAGCCAUCACACGCAAUUUUCAGAGUGGAUAGGAUCCACCAUCUCUUCUCCAUAGCCGUGGCCAUGAGACCCUCGCCUGAUUGGUUCCUGGGGACCUCCCAUUUUGAGCUGUGCACUAUGCAUGGAUGGCUGGAACAGGGACAAAUACCCCUGUAUCCUUGGGACGUUGGAACAAUGGAUGGAGUGUCGUAUGAGUCGAAAAAAUCCAAAUCACAAAUUCAGGACGUCAUCAAGAGAGUUGAAGUGGGAUCCUUUAAUAAAGAAUCACCCUUCUACCAGAUGAAUUUGAAGGAACUGAAUCCUUUCGCUAUUCUCAAGGUUAAGAGACUAGAUGUGUACCCACUAGUAGGGGAAGAUUGCAAUGAUGUUCAAGAUGAACAAGAGACUGAUGGCCAAGAAGCUGAAGAGGAAGAAAAAGAGGAAUCACAAGACGAACCUCAAGUGGGAGAAUCAAAGCAGCACUACUGUCGAAUGAGUGAAUGGAGUGAGUGGUCUCCGUGCAAAUCUGCUGACGGAGUCUGUGGUAGGGGUCAACAGAUCAGAACACGCAGCCGGUUACAGAAUGAUCUUAAAGAUCAAGACGUCUGGCGUUACGACUCAACAGCUGAAUGUGAAGAUCCUAGAACGGUUGAAAACCAGUUUUGUUUCGUCAAUUGUUAUUAA